AUGGAGGACAACGAUGGUCUGGUCGUUGCGCUCAGCUCUGAGGAUGAGAAUCGACUUUGGGCAGAGAUGAGCGAUUGCCUCAUCACCGAUUGCCCGAGCCACGAAUCCAUUGACGAUGCACUUCGAGAGUGGUUGGAGAUCACGUCCCAACUUCGACAACAGACCUCAGAUUUGCACGACGACUUUUUGGCAUGCGCCCAAAUGCUGCUGGAGAGCGAAAUAUUCAAAAAGAAUAAAGACUAUGUCCGCACCCAGAUUAUCCACAGUCUACUGCAGGAAGACGAAGCAGGGCCAUUACAUGCCAUCACCAGUCUUCUCUUCCUCGAUGGCUUUGGCGACGAAUCGACAUUCCCGCGCAUGAUCGAGGAAUCAUGCUUUCCACGCCUACUGGAACUCGUCAUUGCACGGCAAGAAGACACAGAUCCUCGCUUACACCGCCUUCUUCUUCAACUAUUGUACGAAAUGUCCCGGGUUGAACGGCUCAAGGUCGAAGAUUUAGCCCUUGUUGAUGAUACAUUUGUACAUUACCUAUUCCAAAUCAUUGAAGGGGUCUCGGAUGAUGUACAGGAUCCAUAUCACUAUCCUACCAUUCGUGUUCUGCUCGUCUUGAACGAACAAUACAUGCUGGCAUCAACUGAUCCGGUUACGGAUCCUACAGGAACAAUAUCUGCUCCAUUAACCAAUCGCAUAGUCAAAUGUCUGAGCCUUCACGGGCCGCUUUUCAGAACGUUUGGCGAGAAUGUGAUUUUACUCUUAAACCGCGAAACGGAAACCUCCCUUCAGCUGCUCAUUCUAAAGCUGCUGUAUUUACUAUUUACAACGAAAGCCACGUACGAGUACUUUUACACCAACGAUUUACGAGUGUUGUUAGAUGUGAUAAUCCGCAAUUUGAUGGAUCUCCCAGAUGAGAAAAUAUCUCUGCGCCAUACAUACUUGCGGGUCAUGUAUCCCCUUUUGGCCCAUACUCAACUCAACCAGUCGCCUCAUUACAAGCGGGAUGAGGUACUUCGUGUUCUCAGGAUACUCCGGGGUUCUCAGAACGCUCAUUUUGCUCCCGCAGAUGAGACAACUUUGCGAUUGGUUGACAGGGUAACGAAGGUUAAAUGGAUCGAAGAACACGAAGCUGAACAGGAGGGCUCCGGCCAAGCUGAGGUAGCUCGCAAAUUCCUCGGCAUUAGCUUGUCACCAUCGCAAUAUGCAAGUAGCAUAAGUGUUGGGGAUGUGGCGGGAGUCAUGGAGCGACCUGGAGUCCAAACCCCAAGCCGAAAUGCAACAGCAGUAUCAGGUUCUCACGACGAGCCUCAUGCCGAGAGCGAUGCCGCGAAAUCUCCUGUUAGGGCAAAGAAACCACUUCCGGCCGUUCCAAAACAUCGGCACGGUAUUCCAUUUGCUCAGACAACAAAAGUCCAGGUGAGCGUGAAUGGUGAUGGCAAAAAGAUUCCUCCCAAGGCACCACCACCUCGACGAUGGGGCAAGAGAAAGGGCUCCACGGAGCAAUCACCGAUACAACCUAUCAACGAAGCUGUCCCAGAGUGA